UUUUUCAGUUUUAUUUCAAACGUUGAGCGGUCGUGUCGUUGUCAGCGGGUAAAGUCGUUUGGAUCGGUUAAAAAAACUGCCUAACUUCAAUUGUCCAACCAGUGCAUUUAAAUUACCCAAAUAGAGCCAUGCGCCUGCUGAUUUGCCUGCUGCUGCCACUGGUGGCCAUUGCCCAAAGCGAUGACUACUGCUUCAGCCAGGACAACUCCCGGCUGCAGACCCGCCAGUUCUCCUCGAAGACCGCCUACCAGAUCGUCAAGGGCACGGACAUCGACAAGCAGUACCUGGUGCCCGGCUGCCAGCCCCAGAAGAUGUGGAUCUACCACAGGCACGGCACGCGGCUGCCCAAGAAGAGCAUGAUCAACAAGGCGGACAGGGUCGCCGAGCUGCGGGACCUCAUUAUCGCCAAUUACAAGGUGGCCAAGACCAAGCCGGAAACGGAUGCUCUCUGCAUGACGGACUUGUUGGCCAUUCAGUUGUGGAAAUGGAACAGCAGCAUUACGGCCGACAUGGAGGAGUAUCUGACCGCCCAGGGUUACGAGGAUCUCAGGGGAACAGCCAAGCUGUACCAGCGCUACUAUCCCAGUGUGCUCACUCCUACUUUCAACGACACUUAUUAUCAGUUCCGUCACACGGACACGCAGCGCACUGCCGAAAGUUUCAGGGCCUUCGCCGAAGGUCUCUUUGGAGCCUCCAAUACCGCCCAUCCUGUGGAGAUUCCCAAGCAGGAUCUGCUGCUCCGUCCCUAUGACUACUGCCCGGCCUUCAAGCAGGUUAACUACAAGGGCGAGGGCUCCGAGUACGAGAAGUACCGCCAGUCCAAGCUCUACAACGACACCCUCGUGGACAUCUCCAAGCGAUUGGGAUUCCUGUACACCCUCGAGGAGGACGACAUCAAGCUGAUGUACGACAUGUGCCGUUACGAACAGGCGUGGAAUGUGGACCGCAACAGCGUCUGGUGCGGCGCCUUUUUGCCGGAGCAGGUGACCGUGUUCGAGUACCUGGAGGAUCUGAAGUACUACUACGGAUCGGGCUAUGGAUUCCCGGAAAACGCCAACCUCAACUGCCGCUUGGUGCAGGAUCUGCUGACGCACCUGAGCAACCCGGUGUCGCCGCAUGUGGUGGCCCACUUUGCCCACUCCACGGGUCUCCUCACCCUGCUCACGGCGCUGGGCAUCAAGAAGGACGACAUCAAACUGCGGGCCGACAACUACGAGAGUUUGACGAGUCGCCGAUGGAAGUCAAGCCUUAUUGAUCCCUUCGCCGCCAACUUUGUGGCGGUGAAGUACGAUUGUCCUGCGCAGAUCCUGGAUCGCGAGAAGGUUGUCUUCUUCCUCAACCAACAGGCCGUCCAGUUGGACUGGUGCAACGUGGGCCUGUGCAACUGGUCCGAUGUCCUUGCCAAGUACAAGGACAUUUCGGAGGCGGACUGCGGCGAGUACUUCUGCCGGACGGGCGGUGCUCCCUCGCUGGGAUCCGGAAUUCCUGGACUUCUGGCCACCGCGCUCGCCGCACUUCUGGUCUACUUAAUGCACUAACUUUUCGCCUAGCAUAGUUCAUAACUUGUAAUGUACAAAGUUCGUACCAAAUGGUGGCCGCCUCGCCUCGGCGGAUGUCAGUCAAGUAUUUUUCGAUUUAGAUUUUUUACUUUUAAUCCAGCAAACAAAAACAGCACAAAACUUCCCACAGUCGAAAAACCCACACAACAAAACUACACACACUUGGUCACUGAAAUAUUGAAAACAACGAUUUUUCUAAACGCUUAAUGAACGUUGGCAGCGCUGCAGUCAGAAAUAGCUUUAUAUUAACUAAAUAAAUGAGUAUUUAAAGUGA